GAACAGACCCAUUGGGUACAUAGAUAAGGGGUACAGGACACUCGCCUCAAAAACCCCCUAUCUCAUCGACAAGGUCCCUAAGACUCGGCUCCACUUACUCCGUGCAGUAGCGCGGAUUGAGGCCAAAGGGUACAAUAUCGUAAACAGAAAAAGUCCACACCGCCUGAGCUCCAGAGCGGAAAUUGUUCCGGAGCUAUUCACCGCCCAGCACAUCAACCCUGCUGUAUGAACCCAUCAGCAUCAACAAACCUCCACCUUUAAAACCAAUUAAUUCGAAGCACACAACCUACCCCAAAAUGCCCCCCAAAGUCGCCAAGGGCGAGUACAUCGAAACAGACACCGGGAACAAAAUCUCCCGCCGGUCCCAAAUUCAUGGAACCCAGCAUAUCAUCCUCGGCGGGAAGACGGUCAUUCAGGGCGAAGCUGUCAUUCGGGGCGACUUGUACCGCACAUCCACUAGUUCAAGUGCGAGCGGCGACCAGGCGGGACAGCAGCCGUCAUCGUCGUCGUCGUCGUCGUCGUCGUCGUCGCCGUCCGUCGCUAUUACCAUCGGGCGCUAUAGUUAUAUAUCGAAGCAGGCUGUGCUGAGGCCCCCGUCCAGGCUACAUCGGGGCGUGCAUUCGUUCUAUCCGCUGAAGAUUGGGGACCAUGUUUUUGUGGGGGAGAGGGCGGUUGUGGAGGCGGCUAGUGUGGGGAACCAUGUGCAUAUUGGGAGGGAUGCGGUGAUUGGGAGUAUGGCUAUCUUGAAGGAUUUCGCGUAUGUGCUUGACGGGGCGGUUGUUGCGCCGGGCAUGGUGGUGCCGAGUUGGUGUGUUGUUGGUGGUGCACCGGCGAGGAUUGUCGGCGAGGUUGGUGAGGGGUAUGGGGUUGAGGGGGCCGAGGGCGGUAUGGCUAGGGAGAGGUAUCGGUUGGUUGGGAGGUAGAGAUUGUUGGCUUUGAUGUGUGAUGAUUGUGCUUUGAUCUCUUGUUUUCUGGUGUUGUUCUUAUACCCCCCCUGUUGUUUAGAGUGUUUCUGUAUAGAUUUCAUUUGAUAUGGUUUAACCACGUCUGGUUU